AUGAAAGUACGAUUGGUUUAGAAAACAGUGCAGUGCAAACCUUUAACUGUAAUAGCGUCGACGGCAAAUAUAUCAGCGCUGGAAUCAAGUUUUGAUUUAACACAUCAACUAGAUGAAACCGCAAUUACAGCACACCAACAAAGUUUAAAUACUAUUGAUCCUUUAACCAUAGAUAAUCACCAACAUACAACAAAUGUGGAAGUCCACAACGACAGUUCAAAUUAUAGUCAUAGCUUUGCAGAAUCGUAUAAUUCACUUUUAAUAUCAAGUCUGGAAAGUGACAAUAGCAGUAGCAAUAGUAGUAACAGUAGUAGUUGUAGUAAUAACAGUAACAGCAGCAACAGUAAUUGUAGCAGUAAUAGUGAUUCAAGUGGUGAUGAAGAAUUUUAUGAUGGACUUCAUCAUAGCUACAAAAGUCUUAAUGAAACAGGUUUAGCUGGUCAUGAUCGAGUAUUUCAUCAUUCUCCAAAUAGUAGUAAUGAGGAACAACAAGAGCAAUAUCAAAAAGCUUGUAUGUUACGUGAAGAUGGUUACAGUUUAACUAAACUGGAAACAAGAGUUGAACAAAGAUUGCGAAGUAAUUACCAAAACAAUAGCAAUAAUAUAAAGAACGACAGAGGCAAUGAUACUUAUAAAAAUUAUAUAAAUGGCAAUAUCAAAGAUAUUACAGAAAACGAUACCUAUUGUAAUAACAAUAAUAUCACAAAUGAUAAUUGUUCUUAUAAUAAUAACUCUAAUAACAAACUAAAUGACACUAACAUAUUUAACAACAAUAUCGGUCGCAAAAACCAUAAUGAUAAUAAUGAUAAUAAUAAUAAUAAUAGAAAUAGUAAUAAUGAAGAUAGAAAUGGUAGUAAUAAAAUUGGUGAUAUUGAUAAUUAUGGUGAUAACAAUAGUAAUAGUAGCGAUGGCAAUAGCAUUGACAUUUACAGUAGUAGUAGUAGCUGCAGCGAUGUUGACAACAAGAACGAUGACCAUUUCUUAUAUGAAGAACUUCAACAACCACAAACCAGUCAAAAACAAAAACAUAUUAGUAUUGAAACAUUCCCAACUUUUACUGAAUUAAGUACAGAAAUAAAUAAUUAUAACCAAUAUGAUAGUAUUACUAAAUGUAACAGUUUAAACAUUAGUAAUUCAGAUAUCGAAUUAUCAAAUCAUGCAAAUCAAAUUUUAAACAUAACAUCAAAUAAUUUUACUUCAGUGGAAUCAAGUGACGACAUUAGUCUAAAUCCAAUCAUAGAAAUGGAAACAGAAGUUCUAGAUGAAGAAAUUGAAGAUAUUGAAAGUUUAAGUUGUAAUCAAAAUAUUGAAACGAGUUCGAAAGAUAUAGAAACUUCCACAUCUCGAACUACGGAAUAUUUACUAGAGGAAAGUAUACAAAUAAAUGAAAUAUCAUCAAGUAAUAUUGAAAUAAAUUCACCUAUUCCGUCACCAUCAUCAAAUAAUUUUAUACUAGAAAAAAGAUCAUUACGAUCAUCUAAUAAUAAUAAUCUUCACAUUAAUUACAAUACCAUUAAAAAGAAUACUAUUAAUAAUAACAAUCGAAGAAAUAAUAAUAAUUCAUUAUCCAAAGAUAUGAAAGCCAAAAAAAUUUUAAAUAAAAACAAACCUUCAAAUAGUAAUUUAACAAAAACAAUUGUUACAAAGGAGUUUAUAAAAAUAGUUCAUGAUUCUACAAAUUCAAUUCCGAAAAAUAAUACCAAUAUAAUUUUAGCUAAAUUAAGAUCUCGUAUUCGUAACAGUUCACAGCCAUCUCAAUCAUCUGAAAAUUUAAUACAAACAACCGAAAAGGUGACGGUUUGGUCAAAAAGAUCUCGUAGAAUAAUUCAAGCAAUAAGUAAUAACAACAAUUGUAAACCAAAUCAGAAAUUAAAUAAAGCUUUAUUUAGUUCGACAACAUCAUCAUUAUCAUCAUCACCAAAAACCACUACAACAAAUUAUAUAUCAACAAAACGUUCAUCAACCUCACGUAAUAGUGCCUGGUGUCCUAACAAAAAAUCAGUUCAAACAAGAAAUCGAAUGAUGUCUUUUAUUAAAUCUUUGAUUAAUCUUUCACGAAUUCAAACGAAGCAGUUUCACACCUCUGUCCCAUGUAGUGAAAUAAGAAAACUAGCACGGCUUCGUGUAGUGGAUAACAGCGAAAUUGGGAAAGCAGCAAUGGCUGAAGGUAAACCUCCUCGAUGUAUUCACAUUUAUAAUAAGCGAAGUGUUGGACAUGUUGGUGACAAAGUUCUUGUGGCUAUAAAAGGACAAAUGAAAAAAGGAAUUUUAGUAGGAUGCAAACAAAACCAAGCACCUAAAAGACCAAAAUUUGAUAGCAAUAACGUUGUGUUAAUAGAUGAUAAUGGUACUCCAUUGGGCACAAGAAUACACGUUCCUAUACCAACUACAUUAAGAAAAAUUUUGAAAGAAAAAAAUGUUGUUAAAGGAGCUGAUUACACAAAAAUAUUAGCAAUCGCAACACGAUUUGUGUAACUUAUUACAAAUUCUAUGUUUUUUAAUUUAUAAAUCAAAAUAUGUAUACAUAUACAGGUAUAAAUAAAUUGUAUUGAAAAUAUAUUUCGUUACUCACUUUAUUUCUAAA